UUUUCCGAUAAAUGAGCAAUCAGACAAGACAUCCAUGGAAGUGGGUUUCUAUUUCUACAGUGCCUGUUGUUUACUCAUCAUCUUCCCGAAAGCUUUAAUGGCAAUCGACACCAUUUCUCCAUCGGAGUCACUCACUGAUGGGAUGACCUUAGUCUCCAAUGAAGGAAACUUUGUGUUAGGCUUCUUCUCUCCAGGCACUUCCACGAACCGCUACCUGGGAAUCUGGUUCAACAGCAUCCCCAUGCAAACUGUUGUUUGGGUUGCAAACAGGAUGAGCCCAAUAAACGAUUCCACUGGCUCGUUGAAGAUAGAAACUAGUGGCAGAAUUGUGGUUCAAGUUCAGAACACAACAGCUGUUUGGUCGACUAAUGCGUCAGCAAGUGCUCAGAAUCCAGUAUUGCAGCUCCUGGAUACUGGUAAUCUUGUUGUCAGAGAUGGGAACGAUAAUAAUCCGGAGAACUACUUAUGGCAAAGCUUUGAUUAUCCAGCAGAUACAAUGUUACCAGGGAUGAAAAUUGGUUUCGACUUGAGAACUGGCUUGGAUCGAAGACUCACAGCCUGGAAGAACUGGGAUGAUCCAUCUCCAGGUGAUCUUAGUUAUGGUGUUGAACUUGAAGGAAGCCCAGAAAUGGUGCUGAGGAAAGGCUUAGAUAAGAUCUCUCUCAGUGGGUUAUGGGUUGGCACUGGAUUUAGUGGAGCACCAACUUAUAGGGCGAAUCCGAUCUUCGAUUAUAACUUUGUCUGGAACGAAAAUGAGAUUUACUACACAUAUUUCCUCAAAGACCAAUCAGCAAAGUUGAUGAAUGCUUUGAACCAAACCGAAAGUGAGUCACAAAUUACACAUGGAACCCAGAAACUCAAUCCUGGCAGCUGGUUCAGGCCGAAAUCGCCUGAGAGAUGGAGCUCAUCGGAUUUUUCUGGAGGGUGUGUACACAGCAAGCCAUUGAACUGCCAGAGUGGGGAUGGUUUUAUCAGAGCUGAUAAUAGACAGGUGCUUGAGGAACUGUUCUUGCAUGGAUACUCUAAUUUAGACAUUACAAGAGGAGGUAGCGGCUGCGUCAUGUGGAUCGGCGAUCUGCUUAAUAUCAAACAAUUGCAAUCAGAGGGUCAGGAUCUUUAUGUCAGAGUGUCUGCUUCAGAUGCAGGUGAACCUUGCCAUCAUACUUCCAACUGUAAUUGGUGCCUUUUUGGGGUUUCUGUUAGUUGUUUUUACAUUCGCAGAUGCAGGAGAAAGUUGAAAGGCGAGAAUGUAAAUGAUAAAGAGAACAAAGACGAAAAUGGAGAUAUGGAGGUUGCAGUAUUCGAGUUUGGUACAAUUGCUCGAGCUACAGAUAAUUUUUCAGUUGAUAACAAGUUAGGUGAAGGAGGUUUUGGACCUGUUUACAAGGGGACACUACUAAAUGGACAAGAAAUUGCAGUGAAGAGACUUUCAAAGAGUUCUGGGCAAGGACUGACCGAGUUCAAGAACGAAGUAAAGUUGAUUGCCAAACUUCAGCAUCGGAAUCUUGUGAGGCUUCUUGGUUGCUGCAUUCAAGGAGAUGAGAGAAUGCUGGUUUACGAAUACAUGCCUAACAGAAGCCUUGACGCUUUCAUUUUUGAUCAAACGAAUCGCAAAGUAUUACCCUGGCACAAGCGUUUUCAAAUUAUCUGCGGGAUUGCUAGGGGACUACUCUACCUUCAUCAAGACUCAAGAUUAAGGAUUAUUCAUAGAGAUUUAAAAGCUAGUAAUGUUCUACUUGACAGUGAGAUGAACCCAAAAAUUUCAGAUUUUGGCAUGGCAAGAGCUUUCGGAGGAGACCAAACGGAAGCCAAUACAAAUAGAGUAGUUGGAACUUAUGGUUAUAUGGCACCAGAAUAUGCUACUGAUGGGCUGUUUUCGGUUAAGUCAGAUGUUUUUAGCUUUGGGAUUUUAAUGUUGGAGGUUGUAAGUGGAAGAAGGAACAGAGGGUUUUAUCAUGCAAAUCAAAGAGGAAACCUUAUUGAACAUGCAUGGAUACUAUGGAAAGAAGGCAAGCCUUCGGAUGUCGCUGAUGAUUUCUUAGUCGACACCGGUGAUCUAUCCGAGCUGUUACGAUGCAUACACAUUAGCCUUUUGUGUGUACAGCAGCAUCCAGAUGAGAGACCGAGCAUGUCAUCCGUUGUUCAUAUGUUGGGAAGCCAUCAUGAAUUGCCUUCGCCUAAACAACCUGGUUUCUUGUUCUACAAGAAACCAUUUGAAUCAGAUUCUUCGACCGACAUAGGUGGAUCGACCUCAAGAAAUGAAAUAAGUGUAACAUUAAUAGAGGCUCGCUGA